GUUACUUUCGCCACUAACUCCGCCUUAAACAUCUAUCAUUAUUUAUGUGAUAUUUACGCUCCUGUGCAUAGCGUAGCGUCUAGUUUUCUCUUCACCCUAUACAUCGUUUAAAAACGAUUGUUUGUGGGGUUUUUAUCAACAAAAGUUUCUUCAUUUUGCUGCAGCCAUGGUGUGCAUCCCCUGCAUUGUCAUCCCUGUUCUGUUGUGGGUCUACAAAAGGUUCCUGGAGCCCAUCCUCUAUCCUUUUAUCUCACCCUUCAUCAAUACAUUCUGGACCAAAAAAGCAGUGCAAGAGUCUGGCACCGGCGACCCAUCCAUGGGUGACAAGUGUAACGUGACACCCAAGGAGACCAAGCACAAUGGAGAAGUAACAGCAAAUGGAUCUGCUGUGUCUGGCGAUAAGAAAACCGACUGAUCAUUUUGACAUGUGUAAUUCCUCUCAUGAAUACAAUUGUAAAUAUUUCCAAAUGUUGUAUUCAUACUAUUCCAGAAAAGAUAGUUUAUUAUUAAUUUAAUCACAAUAUUGUUUAAUAUUUGAGAUGUCAGCAUUUUAUAUCCAAAUUAACUGCUGUGUCAAACUAAUGAUGAAAUAAAUUAUGUGUAUAGAAUGGCUAUUCAAUGUGUAUUUCUUGCUAUUAGUAAUGCUUACGGGGUACUCACAAUGUUAUACACAUCAUCUCAAAUU